AAAGUUACCAACCCCGAUUGGCGUGCUGCCGUGUUGCGCUGUGCCACUAAGUUGGGUUCGGGGAUGUCUUGAUUAUUACGGGAGCAGCAUUUUCUUGUCUCCCAUCUACCGUCAUCAAACCUAGGCUGACUUAAUAACCCGACCAUCUACGGAUACCUUACAUACCAACAGAGAUGCCCGCUUAAACUUGCUAGCCCAUCUUCACUACAACCGAGUACGGACGUUCUGUCACCCCGCAGCAGUAUCUCGGCUUUGACCGAUCGGCCGCGAUGUUGCCGGCGUGAACCGGCCAUCCUCUCGUCAGUCUCGCUCAACGACACACGCGAAGAGUAGAUAUCGACACCCGACGCCAAGAUGGGAAUGUGGAUUCUCGAGGACAAGGUCCUAGACCGUGUUCCUGGCACCACCCGAUACUUCGACGACCCCGAGAGGCCGCAGUAUGCCGCAGAUGGCGUCCAUGGCCUCAAGUGCGACACCAGCGGCCCUGUCCCAAUCAUCCUCGUGCCCCAGCCGUCGGACGAUCCCAAUGACCCCCUGAACUGGUCGCUCCUGAAGCGCGAUGCCAUCACCUUGACCCUUUCCCUGACUGCCAUCUUCGCCACAGCCCUCGGUCCCAUCCUCGCCGCCAACACAAUAACGCUCACAUUUUGGUAUGUCACGUCGUUCUCGCGUGUCGCCCAGCUGACGGGCUACUACCUGCUCGGUGUCGGCAUCGGCGGCAUCAUCUUCGUGCCCUCGGGCCGCAUCUGGGGCAAGCGCCAUCUAUUCCUGGGUGGCACUGUGCUCCUGAUUGUCUCCAGCGCCUGGGCCGGCGGCUCGGGUAAGAACUACUUGAGCAUGGUGUUCGCGAGAAUCGUCCAAGGCAUUGCCACGGCCCCCUUCGAGGCCUUUGUCAACGCUGCGAUGGGCGACUUGUACUUUGUACAUGAACGGGGUAUCCGUAUGGCCUUUACCAACCUGGCCGUAUUUGGCGGUGCAUUCUUCACUCCCAUCCUCGUUGGCAAGAUCACCUCUACCAUCAUGUGGUGGUGGACAUUUUAUCUCGUCGCCAUUUUCUGUGCAGCUUGUCUGCCCGCUGUCUAUUUUCUCUGCCCGGAAACCGCCUUCCGCCGCGAUUCCAGUCUGAACCUCGACAUGGUAGAUGACAGAACCAAGGCCACACACGUAGCUCCAGUUGUCACCAACGGCAACGAAGAUGACCCCGAGAAGUUGGCUGGUGACGGAAGCCCAUCAACUUCCCAAGAGGGAAAUAGCGUAGCUGUUCCCACCCCGCCCAACAGGCCGCCAACGGCGCCCAAGAGCGUUCCGGUUAAAGCAUCAUGGCGGCAGUCGUUGGCGCUCUUCAACGGGCGCAAGACGGAUGAGUCCUUUUGGAAACUGUUACUACGGCCGUUCCCACUUUUCUUGCAACCGGCCUUUUUUUGGGCCUGCCUCAUACAGGGCCUGCUGAUCGGCUGGACCGUGUUCAUUGGCGUCAUGCUUGCCGAGUUCUUCCUCUCGACUCCAUACUGGUGGGAUGAGGUCCAAACCGGAUACGCAUAUACUGCUCCCUUCGUCGGCGCCAUCCUUGGCUUCGUCAUUGCCGGUUCUUUGUCGGACUGGACCGCCAAGUUCAUGACGAAGCGCAACGGCGGUAUCUACGAACCCGAGUUUCGCCUCCUGCUCGUGAUUCCACAGAUGAUCUUCGGCUGUGCCGGUCUGUAUGGUUGGGGUAUCACCGUCGACGGCAUAGUGACCAGGCGUUACACUUACAUCCCUCCACUGAUCUUCUUCGCUCUCGAAGUGGCCGGUAUGGUCAUUGGCGCCGUUGCCAGCUCGCUGUACAUUGUAGAUGCCUAUCGGGACUUGGCCAUCGAAGGUUUUACUUGCAUGAUCAUCUUCAAGAACAUCUUCAGUUUUGCCCUCACCUUCAAGGCCUAUGACUGGUUCAUCGAGAACAGGACCAAAGCAACGCCCGUGUUCAACGCGCUGGGCUCAGUACAGCUCGUUGUCAGCCUGGCCGCCAUUCCCAUGUGUAAGCCACCCUGCAUUGCGAUGUCCAUACUAGCUGGGGCGCAUCUUCAUUGAGCAUGCUGACGUCUCUAUUCACGCUUGGUAGAUAUUUACGGAAAGCGAAUUCGGGGCUUUUACCAUCGCCAUGACCUCCUCGCCAUCUUCGGGGUGAGGUAACAAAUUAUGGAUUUCCUCGAUUUCAAUCAUAGCAUUUUUAAGGGAGCAAGCCUUGUUGUUUUCUUGUUUUGGAAAGACGGGCCAACCACCCAUAUGCGCCCGUCAACCUCUGACAUUGUUUAUAUACGUGUCUUGAUUUUGUAAUAGGA